AGUGGGGCGGUGCUGCUGUUUUGCUGUCGAGUCACCUCUGUCAGGAUGGAGGAAAACGAGCUGCUAUCAUGCUGAAAAACGAAGGUCCCCGACUACCGAGCAUCAUUAACCGGGAUAGUUAGACACAUUCACCGUUUAUGUGGACGGCUGUACCGUUUCUGUAACGCUUUGCCAAAAUGAUGGAAGAAAUCGACCGGUUCCAAGUACCUCCAGUCAACGGAGAGACACAGCCUUUGGACCCAGCAGCAUCCUCUACCUCAGAGGCGGACCCUGACACCAAGGGAGAGACUGUGGCUAUGAACUACAAGCCCUCACCACUGCAAGUCCAAAUAGAGAAACAGAGGGACCUUGCCAGGAAGGGAUCAGUGAAGAAUGGCACUGUGGGAAGUCCUGUCAAUCAACAACCCAAGAAGAAUGCCAGGACAAGGUUGGUGGUGCCAAACAAAGGCUACUCCUCUUUAGACCAGAGCCCAGAUGAGAAGCCCCUGGUAGCACUGGACACUGACAGUGAUGAUGACUUCGACAUGUCCAGAUACUCCUCAUCAGGAUACUCCUCAGCCGAGCAGAUCAACCAGGACCUGAACAUCCAGCUCCUUAAGGACGGGUACCGGCUCGAUGAGAUCCCAGAUGACGAGGACCUGGAUCUGAUCCCCCCUAAAGCAGUCAACCCUACCUGCAUGUGCUGCCAGGCUGCUCCCUCCACAGCCUGUCAAAUCCAGUAGCACCACCCCGACCCAACCCAAAAAUCUCCUGCCUGCCACCUGCACUGAGGCCAACUACUGACCAGAGUGGCAGCAAGGAGGAAAAACUCUCAGCUGGCAAUGGCACAAAGGGAAAACAAGGGUUUAUAAAUGCUAAAAUCAUAGGAAGACAAAAGAGUCAAUGUGUACAGUAUAUGUGCAUGUUCCUCCUAUGGUAGGAUCUGUGCAUCUUUCUUCUGCAUUGUUGGUUAAGCCAGGACUCGACUCAUGGCAGAAACAUUACCUCUUAGGUAACCAUGUUACUUUUGCUUGUCCUUCGUUCGACCUCCAUCUCGCGCUUGUGGAUACUUUAGUUUACAAGGACCGUGAAUGAUUGUGCGAUGUCGUGGAAGAACAGAAACGGGAACUAUUCGACCGAAAUGCCUGAAAUGGUGACAUUACUGUGACAGCCGCGCCAUCCAUGGAAUCCACUUCUUCAGCUGUUGUAUCAUCAUUGAUUGACAAGAAGAGAUGGGAAGUUUCAUAGUCGCCAUUGUUUUCUCUCUUUCUCAUUUCUUUCAGCCAGUCUGCUUCGUCUUCCUGUGUAUACGUGUCAAAACAUGAAAAAGAUGUGCGUGUGUCUCAAUAGGUCCAGGAGCGUAGUGCUAAACUAUCAAGCUGUUGAUAAAACACUAAUGCUUAUACUAAGAUAUCAAGUCCAGAUAUUUAUUUUAAAGGUUUGUCUGUUACACAAGGGUUGUAAUACUUAAUUGUUUCACAUUCAGUUAAAAGAAGCUGAAAACAAAUAGUUUCGCAUGUUGCCUGUUAACACUGUGUUCUAAUGAGCAGUCUGUGCAGAUAAGUUUAUCAGUUUUUGUUCACCCCAUAAACACAUCCUUGUGCUGGUGAGGCAUUAUGUGAGGCGUGCUUUUAAAAACAUAAAGUUAGUAAUACUUAGGUUCACCCACUGUAAUAUCAGUAGAUAUAGAGAAACAGUUGUUAGAACUAAUGGCAGAACAGCUCAUGAGUUAGUGGGUGCUUCCUUUUGUGUUUGUCCAUGAUAGCUCUGACAUGAGUUUAUGUUUAAAGAGAAUCACGAAAGGCAGUCACCACAUUUGAAUGUGGUUUCAAAAUAAUUCAUAUACUUUAGGGAAUAAAUGAACUGAUGAAAGGCUUAGAAUACGUGCAAAUACAUAGAAAUGUUGUGCAAUUUUGGUCAUGCAGCUGUUGUAGGUUCUGAAGAAUGUCUAUAAAGUGAUUCCAUAUCGCCUGGAUGGAAAUUAAAUGGGAUUUUUCUUUUUUUGAAAUCAAGGGAAGUCUAAAAUCCUUUCCUGUCUUUAAAGUUUUGUUGUAAGUGUAUUUGUUUUGUAUAGUUGCAUAUUCCCCCUGAAUUUUAAUAUAACCAAUUUGUCUGAUUUGGGGACGCGAACUGUAUAUGUAGCACCGGACACCGCUGUGUAUUGUCACUGCUUUACGCCAAUGGAUGUUUUCCAUGAUGUUGAAAUGGAAGUAGUCCUUGCUGUUAGGAAGUACUGAAUGCAUACUGUUUAUUUUUAUGUUUACAUCGCUCUAAAGACAUCAACUACUGUUCAGUAGAUUAAAAAAAAGUCACCUGCAUGUGAAUCUGCUCUGGAACAAAUGACGGUGAAAGUUCAGGCUGGAUUUCCCAAAAAACAGCAAAAGUGAAUAUUUUGGCUAGCAUGACACCUGAAAAACAUUUAUUCUUUAAACCUAGAUACAAUCUAACCCAGCUUAUGGGAACGAUGGUAAUUUAACUACAGCUGAAGCAGAGUAGGGGUUCUGGCACAACUUAACCUACUUCCACGGUGUACGGUUAAGGGAAAAAGUCUAAAGAGGUCAAAAUUUCAGUAACACUUGACUCAGUAUAACUACAGAUCACACUCUCAUGGUACCAUUCAGAAUAUCCUGUUGACUCAUGUACAGAAGAUUUCAGACGAGGAUGUGAAGUUGCUUCUGAACUUCUGAACAAUCUUACUUUUCUCUCUGGAUAUAUUGCAGUGUUUUUGGGACAUGUUCAGUCGUUCAAAACUGAUGCUCUGCUGACUUUGUUAGCACAUUUACAACUGAAGACGUUUUACAUUUAUAUGAAAAUCCAUACAGAUAGGACAACAUCAAAAGCAAUUUUGUGUAAUUCACUGAUAGGGGUUGCAGUGUGCAGUGUAUGACUGCAAAUGCAUCUCUUUUUUGUUGAGAGGUGCCAGAUCUGCAAGCAUACGUGUAAUAUGUGGUCAAGGAAUAUAGGAAUAUAUGUGUGCUCUGGUCAAAGUACCGUAUUUGGAGAGAAACUAAAACUAAAUGAUAAUUCUAUAUAGUUACCUGUAAGACGGAGUCUUACUGACUGAUAUAUCUGCUACAGCCUCAAUGUUUCUACAGCAUUUGAGUCAGAAAGUAAAUAAGCAUUAAAAAAAAUUACAUUUUGUUUGCAAAUAAGGUGCCAUGUGUGUAGAUAUUUAAAAGAAUUGCAUUAAGGAGAAAAAAGUACAGUAGGUCAGGUAAUAUGUCACUAAUGCAGCUACUAGCUGAUGUGUGUGUAGGACUUGUAGCUGUUAACAUUAACACUGAGGGACUGACUGUGCGAUUGACUGUGGUGCUGAUUUUUUCCCAGUCAUUACCAUCCUAAUAGAUUUACACAGGUCAUCGCAGUCGUCUUCUAUUGAGUGCACUACUUCAGGCCAGUGUCGUCUCACUCUAGGAGUCUAAAGUAAUGCAUUGUAACAGAAGUUCUAUUUAUUUGCAGUUGUGUGUUUUUAAUUUAUUUUUCAACAAUGGGAAAUAAUUCAUAUGCAGACUGAUGCUUUUUAUUUGUCAGAUGCUUAUUAUGAUGAUUGUGAACUGGUUCCAUUUAGAUUUUAACAGUGUUAAAAGUUCCGUGUAUAGUGCAACAUAUCAGAAAAUAAAUAUUAGAUAUCUGAAGUUUG